AUGCAUUCUGCUAAUACUCAUACAUUAGUGGAACUCUACCCCCUGCUUCAUUAUCAGAUCACAUCUUAAAAACUUGAAUUCAAAUUACACAAAUAAAAAACGCGUGUAAUCGGUUGCAUCGCACUUACAAACUAGACAUUCCAAAUACAGCAAGUCAAAAUCAUCUUCAAUUUCUACACCGAUAAUAAUAACAAUUAAUUAACAACACUUACUAUUGCAGCGAGUGUGUUCGUUCUACUUGCAUUACAUUCACAUUCACAUUCGCAUUAUCGUUUUCGCAAAUCUAGGGUUCGCAUUUCUUCAUCCUCAGAUCUAGUAGAUCCCUUUCGAAUUGCUAUUUUCUUCGAAUGCCGCUUCUGUGAUAUUUGCGAAAAUGCAUAUUGUCGCUCCUUUUACUCCCGGUCAGGUUUCGUUCUUGCUCGGGAUCAUUCCGGUUAUUAUAGCAUGGAUUUAUUCCGAGAUAUUGGAGUAUCGGAAAAAUUCUUUGAUGAAAUCUAGGCACUCCGAGAUAAACUUAGCUGAAUUGAGUAGUGAUGUUGUUAAAGAUGAAGACAGAGCAGUUUUAUUGGAAGCAGGAUCUCAACAACCAGUAUCCCCUACUCCGAAAGCUCGAAGCUUAUCUACCUCACCAUCAAUUAUCCGAUUCCUCUUGAUGGAUGAACAUUUCCUUAUUGAAAACCGUUUGACACUUAGAGCCAUGUCUGAAUUUGGUCUUCUUUUGGCUUACUACUAUUUGUGCGAUCGCACGGAUUUCUUUAACUCAUCAAAAAAGAGUUACAAUAGGGAUCUAUUCAUCUUCCUUUAUUUUCUCCUCAUCAUAGUUUCAGCAAUAACUUCAUUUACAAUACAUCACGACAAGUCACCAUUUUCUGGGAAACCCAUACUUUACUUAAAUAGGCAUCAGACUGAAGAGUGGAAAGGCUGGAUGCAGGUAUUGUUUUUGAUGUACCAUUAUUUUGCUGCAACUGAAAUCUACAAUGCAAUCCGUUUGUUCAUUGCUGCAUAUGUUUGGAUGACUGGGUUUGGAAACUUCUCAUAUUAUUAUGUUCGUAAAGAUUUUAGCAUGGCUAGAUUUGCUCAGAUGAUGUGGAGGCUUAAUUUCUUGGUAUUGUUCUGUUGUGUUGUACUUAACAACAGUUACAUGUUAUACUACAUCUGCCCUAUGCACACUCUUUUCACUCUUAUGGUUUAUGGGGCACUCGGUAUUCUCCACAAGUACAAUGAGAUUGGGUUAGUCAUUGCUGCAAAAUUUUUUGCUUGCUUCUUGAUUGUUAUCUUAGUAUGGGAGAUACCCGGAGUCUUUGAAUGGGUUUGGAGUCCGUUUACUUUCAUGCUCGGUUAUACUGAUCCUGAUCCAUCUAAAUCACAAUUUCCCCGCUUGCAUGAAUGGCAUUUUCGCUCAGGGCUUGAUCGCUAUAUAUGGAUAAUUGGAAUGAUAUAUGCUUACUAUCAUCCAACUGUUGAACGAUGGAUGGAGAAAUUGGAGGAAACUGAAAUCAAACGCAGAAUAUCAAUCAAAGCUGCUGUCGUGCUAAUAUCUUUAGUGAUGGGUUAUUUUUGGUUUGAGCAUAUAUACAAGCUUGACAAGGUCACUUACAACAAAUACCAUCCUUAUACCUCUUGGAUUCCCAUAACAGUUUACAUAUGCUUGCGCAAUGUUACACAAAGUUUUCGUAGCUUUUCGCUGACUCUUUUUGCAUGGCUUGGAAAGGUUACACUGGAGACUUACAUCUCCCAGAUUCAUAUCUGGUUAAGAUCAGGCAUUCCAGAUGGUCAACCCAAGUUAUUGCUUUCCCUGAUCCCAGACUACCCAAUGUUGAACUUCCUGCUUACUACUUCCAUAUAUGUUGCAAUUUCCUAUAGGCUCUUUCAGCUGACCAAUACACUGAAAAAUGCAUUUGUGCCUAGCAAAGAUGACAAGCGUCUGCUACACAACAUAAUUACAGGGACAACAAUCUCUGUUGUUUUAUAUUCAUUAUCCUUUGCCUUCCUUACGAUACCCCAAGUCUUGGUUUGAGUAUUUAAACAUGUAUAGUAUAUGUUGCGCAAGUUUCCAUGAACACUGAAAAAAGCUGUGCAACGGCUGCGGUUGGGUUGUCAAGUAUUUAGAAAAAGAUGCAAGUCUUCAUACCCAUACUCCCCCAACACCCAAAAAAAAUCUACAAAAUGAAGAAGGAACCCUUUCUUUCUAAUAGGUGUUAGUUGCUGCAAUUUUAGAAAAUUGUAUAAAAAAUGGGUGAGAAGAGGGCGAUGGAUGGUAUGUCUUUUGUUAGUUAUGCAACAUCAUUCUUUUUGCUAGUGUUGUAAAAUAAUGUCUCUAAUACCAUUUGCCAUUAUGUCAAGUCUUUGAUUGGUAGUUAUGAGGGAAAGAGUUGGAGGAAGGGAAGAUAUAAGAAUCCCUCACUUUCUCUGGGAGUGUUCUUGAAGGGGUUAAAUUAGAAUACUUAGUAAAUUUUUGUUCAGUUUAUCACGAAAAGAAUUAAUGAAUUUGAAAUUUUAUUCAAA